AUGGCGACCUCGCUUGCUGCGCAGCUGGCGCAGGUUGCCGCAAACUCCAAGUCGAGUUUGGAUAUCAAAGCGCAAAAGGCUGCCCAUUCAAAGUCUCUGAUCUGGGAGCCUCGAGUUGCGGCUGCCCAGAGCUAUCAAACUCUGUAUGCGACAUGCCACCAGGGCUUUGAAGAGCUUUGCCAGCUAGACAGUCGAUUCACUGCCUUCCAAUCAACACUAUUCAGCGAAGAGAGCCAGAACCAAGACCGAAACCAGCUCACAAUCGCUGAGAAUGAAGAGCUGGACCGUCACAUCGAGGCCUUCCUCAGGCUUGUGGGAAGUCGGCUGAGACUGAUGCCCGCAAUCAAGGCCAUUGAGUGGCUGGUUCGACGAUUCAACGUUCAUGUGGAUAAUACGUCAAUUCUGCUCAUGACCUUCUUGCCAUAUCAUUCCAUCACCGCAUUUGCAACUCUCCUAUCCAUUCUACCCCCGAAGAUUCCAAGCCAGUUCCGAUUCCUCGAUCCCUAUAUUCGAUCUCUCACGCCACCUCCCCGAUCCAUCUUUGUUCACCAGGCCAUCCACCACGUCGACUUCGUAACUGCCGUGUCUGAAUACGUUCUCGAAUCAUGCCGGAAAGGCUAUCAGUAUCCCGCCCUCAUCACCUUCUGGGGCGGGCUCGUAACCGAAGCCGUGAGCGGAAUCCUGGAUCGCACAAAGUCUGGCCGAGCUGCGGUGCAGAGCGACAGCAGCCAGGCGUUGUUGCAUAGACUAGGCCCCAUCUUCGCCGAAUCGCUCGUCAUGAGAAAGGUCCCCAACCUUCAAAUUGCCUCCUACAUGGCUGUGGCCGUCUUCGUCUCAAAGGGCGAUCUGCACGAUAAUGCUGUUACCGCGCUGAUGCAGCAGCUCGUUCACGGCUGGACUGCCGACACCGUUCGACCCGGCCUAGUCUGCUUGACCAUCCUCGCUCAGUUCCGAUCCGCAAAACAGAUGAGCAGCAAAGUUACCAGAGCGCUUAUGAAGGUGCAAGAUAUUGGUGGUCUUCUCGUCGAAAUUGGCCAGGAGCGUCGUGUAGAUAAGUUGGCAAACGGAUUAUGCUUGGCACUGGUCGAAAGACUGGUAAAGAAGGGCGAUUCGCGAGGCCUUGCAACAAUCACCACGAUCCUGGGCAGCAACAUCUUAAAGGACAAGCAGGUGUCUGUCAUUUUCAAAUCACUGCUCUUAACGGCUCACGAGCUCAACGACGAAAACGACAAGGACGGUUCUCUGAGAAGGGAUGUCGGAUCUACCCUGAUAUCUCUGUCUCAAACCACUGGAUCGUCGGGCGAGGUUAUCCAACUGGUCAUUAACGAGGUCAAAUUCGAUAUCGAGGAGCUGGAAAUGAAGCUGGACCUCGUAUUCCGCACAAGGAAGCUUCCUGAAUCCACCUCGAGAGAAGACGAAGCAGGUGACGCCGCUGCUCAAGCCCAAUCACAGGACCCCGAGGCACGCCUCGCCGAGGUGGCCAACAUCUCCGAGUCUCUCGCUUCGUCUCUCUCAACGGAAGAUGAUGCAGCCUUUGUUAGCCUCAGUGAUUUGUUUGUGUCCAUCGUCUCCGACCAGACUCCACGAAAAUCGGAACUUCUUGCCCAGCUGGACCAGUUCCCCAAGCUCAAACGGGAGUCGGCCUUGGCAGACUGCACAUACUGUAGCUUCUUUAUUAGGAUCUGGUGCGGACUAUAUCCAGCAUUGGCGCGCGCGGCGGCAUUGGAUAUGGUUCGGAACAGAUUAAAGGCUGCACAAGGGUCUACGGUGGAUGUACAGGCCCUUAUCCCCUACAGUGUUGCGGCUCUGGGUGACCCUUCCAAGCGAGUGCGCCAAGCAGCAGCAGAUCUCAUUACCGUAGCAGCUGGGCUAUGCAAGCCUCCCUUUGCUAAGCAAUCAGUAACGGCAUGGGGAGCCGAGUCUCUCUAUGGAAAGCUCAAAUCCAAGGAUGUUGCAGCCCUGGGCGUAGAUGUUGCCGCCAGGUUCCUUCACCUCCAGCUUCUGCCAGCAGUUGAAGAGUGCGUCAUGGACCCGGACCACAUCUCUGCCGUUCUUAAAUCUGCCAUCGAGAGCGGCAAAUAUCAACUCGCCCCUGAGCCAUCUCUGGACAAGAAAGAUCACCUAUCCCAGUCCGGCAGACAGGCGCUGCUAACCUUCUUCGCCUCUCAUAUUGUUUCGACUCCAUUACUGCUAGUGAAGAGUAGACUUCUCAAAUCCCUGAACGAAAUCCGCGGUGUCUCCAACGUGACAAGGACACAGCUUCUCCUACCUGCUUUGCAGUCUUGGGCUGGCUUGGCGGAUUCCGAGGCGACAGAGAUCUGCCUCUCUCAACAGCUGGACAAGUCCAUCUUGGAUUCUCAAUUCAUUGACAUUAUUGUUCCCAGCGACGCUGCCGGGUUGGAAUUUGUGUUUACACUGUUGAAGGACGCUACAAGCGGCGAAAGGCCAGGCCUUAUUCGGGCGGCUUUCUCCCGAAUCAAGAAGAUGUGGGGUUCGAUGAAGGACGAAAUGAAGUUUAUGGUGGCGGAACAGUUCCUGGAGCUGUCUCAAGAACCAGAGGCAGCUUCCGAAAAUACGGAAUCCGUCAUCCCGGCCGAGGCUGCGGAUCUUCUCAAGUCCGUGCCCCUGACGACAGAUAUCUUAUCCUUCUUCUUGGACUCGAUUCAGACGGGCACCAAGAUGAUUACUGAGCCUCCUCCUAACAAGCGAAGGCGAACAAGCUCUUCCGAUGCCAACCGCGGUCUGAACACCCAGGUUACUCCCGAGCUGAGCCGUGCGCUGCGCAAGGUUACUUUUGUUCUGCAAAUCGUCGACAGCUCGGAUCCCGUAUCACAUCCUGAGCUGCUGGACGGUCUGUUCACAGCUUUAUCCGAGCUUCAACACUUUAGGACUGUCGUCGGCUCAGAGCUGGGAUACCUGCAGAACCUGAUCCUACGCAGUCUUCUGGCCAUGAUGCCAGCGUACAAGGCCAACAAGAAUCUCAAGGUGGACAGCUCUGGCGGUUACGGAGACUUGCUCGUAAGCUGCAUCCAGAAGUCAUCAAGCCCUGUAGUCCAGAACGCUGCGCUGCUGCUGAUUGCAAACCUGGCCACUAUCGCACCGCACCUGGUGCUUCACAGCGUCAUGCCCAUCUUCACCUUCAUGGGCACAUCGGUGCUUCGCCAGAGCGACGACUACUCUGCUCACGUCGUAGCGCAGACAAUCAAGGAGGUCGUGCCUCCGCUGAUUGAGUCGCUGCGGCAAGGUCAGAAGAGCCCCGUUGCCGGUGCCUCGGACAUUCUGGUCAGCUUCACGACGGCCUACGAGCAUAUUCCGGUGCACCGACGGCACGGCCUGUUCGUAGCACUGGUUGAGACCAUGGGACCCAAGGACUUCUUAUUCACGCUGGUGAGCAUGCUCGUCGACCGCUAUGAACUCAACGACGACUUGCUCCAGUUUAUUUUGAAUCUUCUCAAUGAUUUCACCAUCGAAAUCCAGCUGGAGACGCUGGUCAAAUUGCUCGACCUCACUUCUGAUCUUUUCAAGCCCAAACCUUCCUUGUCGCUUGUUCUGCUUGGUAGCGGUGAUGAAGAGGAAGAAAAGGACGUUGAAAAGAUUGCCCUUCGCCAGCUUUCCGUGCUACCGAGCCUCUUGGCAAACCGAAAGCUCAAGGUACAGAUUAGCAAGCUUGCCGACCGAGAUGAUAUGGAAACGUCAGAGGUCCGCCAACUCUAUGCGACUCUGCUUGAGGACGUUCUGGUACUCGCGGACACGGUCAAAUCGAACAAGAGCCUGCACAGCCGAUGCGGCAAUGCACUUUCCAACCUGCUGAACCUCCUGUCAAUUGGUGAAUUCAUCAAGGCCGUGGAGAGCCUGCUCGACAGACCCAACCUUGACCUACGCCAAAAGGUCCUUCGCGCGUUGGAACUCCGUGUGGGAUCGGAAAGCAACACGGAUCCUGCGUCAAGGACAGCCUUGCUCACCUUCCUGCCACAGCUCACGGCGGCGAUCCGGGAGUCCAGCGAUAUCCGCUACAAGCAUACCGCCGUCACCUGUGUUGAUAAGAUUGCUGAGAAGUAUGGCAAGAAGGAUAUCGAGGCUGUGGUUGCGGCUGCAUCAACAAUUGCCGGAGAACACUGCCUUGGCCAAGACGAGAAGCAGCUUCGUAUCAUGGCUCUCUUGUGCCUCACCUCUCUCGUCGACGUGCUGCAAGACGCCAUUGUACCGGUUUUGCCCAUUGCUAUUCCUCGGGCAGUUGCCUAUCUCAACCAAAGCUUACAAGAGGAUACACGAGAUGAGGAGCUUCACUCUGCCGGCUUCGGAUUCAUCAGCGCUCUUGCUGAACACCUGCCGUACAUGCUCUCCACUUACAUUGGCCGGAUCUUGGAAGUUUCCAACAAGUCAGCGGAGGCCGAGCUUGAUGCGGAAACCAAUGAGGCCCGUCUUGGAUGCCGCGAGUUCCUUGCGAAGAAACUGGAAGCGAAGGAGAUCUUCACAAGCUUGGACCUGAACUGGGACAGCGCCACAUCCAACGGCUUUACGGCUACGUCUGAGUACAUCGAGAUGCUGGGAAUGGCCAUCGACAAGCACCCCAAGUCGGCCGUUACCAAGAACGCCGGAGUUUUGUCCAGCAUCUUGCUAAAGGCAUUCGACUUGCGAAGGCAGAUACUGGCCAAAGGCGAGACCAGCGAUGCAACGCUUGCUCGUGUCACUGCCCUGGAGGAGUCGAUGAAUGACAAGGCGCUGAAGAUGAUUUACAAGCUCAACGAUGCCGCCUUCAGACCCAUCUUCGUGCAGCUUGUCGAAUGGUCUAGCACAGGGCUCCCCAAGGACGACAAGGCUGGAUUGGCAGCCCGACGAUACAGUGUCUACGGGUUCUUGCAGUCAUUCUUCGAGAACCUCAAGUCGAUUGUGACCAACUAUGCCACGUACGUGUUGGAGGAUGCCAUCAAGAUUCUGAGCAGCGUCGAUGUCAAGGUUGGCGGCGAAAAACAGCUUUGGAGCCGCGUUCUCAACACACUGGCCAAAUGCUUCGAGCAUGAUCAGGACGACUUCUGGCAAGCGCCAUCGCACUUUGGAGCAAUUGCCCCUGUGCUGAUGGAGCAAUACGCCCACGCUGCAUUGGUCAACGUCGAGGAAGCCCUGAUUCCCACAACCGUGGAGCUUGCGGCAGCGGCAGACUCGCAGGCUCACCAGAAAGAACUGAACUCGGCGCUGCUCAAGCAUCUUCGAUCAGAAAAGGCAGCAAUCAGGUUGGCGGCUGUCAAGUGCGAGCAGGCGUUGACGGAUCGACUCGGCGAGGAAUGGCUCUCGAUGCUGCAUGAAAUGCUUCCUAGAAUCAGCGAGCUGCAGGAAGAUGACGAUGAGGUGGUUGAAAGAGAGACUCACAGAUGGAUUGUCAAGAUUGAGGGCGUGCUUGGCGAGAGCUUGGAUGCCAUGCUGCAGUAA